AUGGUGAAAAGGAUGAUAGCUAUAGACGCAGAUCAAGGACUUCUCCUAUCUUUCUCGUAUGAUGAAGACCACCAUCAUGAGCGCAGAAACAGAAAUUCAUCUUCGAGAGGCCUGGGAAAUGACGCUAUGAGUAGAGCACUCAACCAAAUUUCUAGAUCACCUUUCACGCGCAGGAUUGAGGGAGGGAGACUUCCUCGGCGGUUCACUCAGCCCACGUUCACCAUGUACAAUGGUCGAACAGACCCUGUAGAGCAUGUUAGCCACUUCAAUCAGAGAAUGGCUAUGCACUCCAAGAACGAAGCCUUGAUGUGCAUGGUGUUCCCAUCUAGCUUAGGGCCUGUGGGGAUGAGAUGGUUUGAUGGUCUGGGUGCAGGUUCCAUUGAUUCUUUUAAGGAACUCACUCAGGCGUUUGGAUCCCGCUUUAUUACGUGCAACAGGGUUCCUCUGCCCUUAGAUUCUUUAUUAUCUCUAUCCAUGAGAGAAGGGGAGACCCUGAAAACAUAUUCGGACAAAUAUUGGGAGAUAUUCAAUGAGAUAGAUGGUGACUUUAAUGUCGUGACCAUCAAGACUUUCAAGAUCGGCCUACCUACUGAGCAUGGCUUAAGGAAGUCUUUGACUGGGAAGCCCGUUACUAAUGUACGCCAUCUCAUGGAUCGAAUUGAUAAGUAUAAAAGGGUUGAUGAGGACCAAUAG